GAAGAAUUGAUUUAGUUUCAAUUUCGAUAAUGUCGACUUCUUUACUCGUUCUGUUGGUGAUUUGCAUUUUUGCCGCUGUGGCAAAUGCCGGGAGUUGGCAACUGAAAAGUCGCAUCGUUGGUGGAUUAUCGGCAGUAGAAAAGCGAUUUCCAUAUCAAGUAUCGCUUCGUAUCAAAAGCAAUGAUAUGCAUUUCUGUGGAGCGUCUAUCAUUAAACCGACAUGGAUCGUAACGGCUGCACAUUGCUUUUUCCAACUUCCAGAAAACACUGCCUUAAUUUAUGGCAUUGUUAAUAAGACUCAUGCUUCCGAAAUUGGUACUCGCAUCGAAUUAUUGACGUUGAUCAUGCAUCCCAAGUUUGGCGUACGUGCACCAGAGCCAGAUAUUGCUCUGAUUCGCACGAAAGAUUCGAUCGUUUUCUCCGAAUUUGUGCAGCCGAUCAAUUUACCCACUGGAGAAUUCAUCAAGUCAGGAAUACCAGCUGUUGUAUCUGGUUGGGGAAUGGUUGAGGUAUGGAUUUUGAUUUGA